CUGUAGCCGGAUCAACCCGAGAGUGGCGCCAGGCCAAUAGCGUUACGUGAAACACAAGAUUUAUGUGUCAACGUGCUGAGCUGAGCUAAAGCAGAGCUGUCAGAGAGGCAGUGAAGCCUGAUCCAGCUGCUGCAUACAGGCGCAGUGGAUGCACUCAGAUGCCCGCUCUUCGUCGGGGCUUGACUUCAGCAGCACAGUAGUCGUUUCCUUUUAGUAUUUUGCCUGUUUUUAAUUAGUUCCGUUCGCACUGAGAGAUUCGUAAAUGCUCGUACCAUAAUACCGCUUGUUAACGGGGUUUCUCCGUGAUUUAAAUGAGGCGACACACCUUUUUAUAGCGGGGUGGUGUAAAAUCUCUGCAUUCUGAAUUUGUGCAUCUGUUUACCUUUUUAUUAGAUUUCACGAUGAACACGGAUAUCAUUCGUUUAAGCUUCUGGGAUGCUUUGCCGGGCGAGCUUAAGAUCUAGUUUGCAAAGCUGUGUGUGUGUGUGAAUGAGUUGGUAGCGCACACAUCCAGCCAACUGUAACCUUCAAGCUAACGUCAAUGACAGCUAGCAGUUAGCUGGUGGGAGUCGGUGAAUAGCGGGAUUUCUGAGAGUUUUCCAUCGCUCGUCAGCUGCGCGUUUGCAGAGGGAUGCGUGAACGCGAUGCAUUAAAUAACGAAAGGGACAAAUUGCAUGUCGAGAUCCGGCGGGGCGCUGCUGAUUCUGAACAGCUCGUGUCAAGACAUCGCCAUAGAGAGGGAUUUCAUUCAUCCGAGCCUGCUCGCUAAACAUGGCCUCUGCAGCCAGCAGCCUUGCUGCCUCCAUCGCCAGCAAAACCAAAACCAAGAAGAAACAUUUCGUGUCUCAGAAGGUGAAGCUGUUUCGGGCCAGCGACCCGCUGCUCAGCGUCUUGAUGUGGGGAGUGAACCACUCGAUAAAUGAACUCAGUCACAUCCAGAUUCCUGUUAUGCUGAUGCCUGAUGACUUCAAAGCCAACUCAAAGAUCAAGGUGGACAACCACCUCUUCAACAAAGAGAACAUGCCAAGCCAUUUCAAGUUUAAGGAGUACUGUCCUCUAGUCUUCCGCAAUCUGAGGGAGCGGUUCUCCAUUGAUGAUCAGGAAUAUCAGAACUCUCUGACACGCAGGGCCCCAAUUCCCAGUGACGCUCAGGGCCGUAGUGGAGCUCGUUUCCACACUUCGUACAACAAGAGGUAUGUCAUCAAGAUCAUCACCAGCGAGGACGUGGCCGAGAUGCACAACAUUUUGAAAAAGUACCACCAGUAUAUAGUUGAGUGCCAUGGAAACACGCUGCUCCCUCAGUUUCUGGGCAUGUAUCGCCUCACAGUGGAUGGAGAUGAGACCUACAUGAUCGUCACUCGCAAUGUCUUCAGUCACCGGCUGCCUGUUUACAAAAAAUAUGACCUGAAGGGAUCCACGGUGGCAAGAGAGGCUAGCGACAAAGAAAAGCCACGUCCACCUGAGGAGGCUCCGUCCAAAUCACGAAUGAGCCAAAAGCUACAAACCAUCCGGAUUGCUACACGCUUUUACUGCGCCAUAAGACACACCAAGGAGCUUCCAACUUACAAAGACAAUGACUUCAUCAACGACGGCCAGAAAAUCUGCAUCGAUGAGGAGAACAAGAAAAUGUUCCUGGAGAAACUGAAGAAUGACGUAGAGUUCCUGGCCCAGCUGAAGCUGAUGGACUACAGUCUGCUGGUGGGGAUCCAUGAUGUGGAGCGAGGGGAGCAGGAACAGCCCGAGGAGGAGAGUGAAGACAACGACGCUGGAGAGGAGGAGGGGACAGAGAGCGACGGAGGGGCCACCGGCUCCCCACCAGACAGCCCCAGUAACACACUAGACAGCAAUAGACCUCUGGGCCCGGGAGAGUUUGAUCCUGCCAUUGAUGUAUAUGCCAUCAAGAGCCAUGAAAAUGCUCCUAAAAAAGAAAUCUACUUCAUGGCGGUGAUUGACAUUCUCACUCCAUAUGAUGCCAAGAAGAAAGCAGCCCACGCAGCUAAGACAGUCAAACAUGGGGCAGGGGCUGAGAUCUCAACGGUCAACCCCGAGCAAUAUUCAAAGCGGUUUUAUGAUUUCAUCACCACCAUUCUGUCCUAACUGCUGCCUGAGGCUGGAGUGAGGCGGAGUAACAGGUGGUCACAUGUGAGCUCAUAUCCUGGGAGAGGUUUUGCUGUGGGUAACGGAUCCAGUGUCUCUCUCCCACUUGUCACAGGAUCACGUCUGAGAUCUGUCAAGAUCUUUUUUUUGUUUACAAUUUGUUUACUUUUUCGCCUCUGUUGGAUUUUUCGGUAGGUUUAUGGCUCCAUGUGGUUGAUAAGGCAUACAUGUGAUAUAGUCAUGCAUAUAUAGCAUUCUGUACCUUUGUGUUAGAUAUUGUUGACUGAGAAACCGAGUGAUGUUGUUUGUGCCCAGCUACGUGGUAUGAUUAUCAUACUGGAAUUCUCAAAGCUGCUUAUAUAUUUAUUGUCUUUAUGUUCUUUGUGGAGAAAAUUCAUUGUUCUCAAAGGAAUAGUUUACCCAGAAAUUUGACUUUGCUGAAAACGUACUCACCCUCAGACAUUCCAAGAUGUAAUUGAGUUUCUUCAUAUGAACUGAUUUGGAGAAAUGUAGCAUUACAUCAGUUGCUCACCAAUGGAUCCUCUGCAGUGAAUGGGUGCCGUCAGAAUGAGAGCUGAUAAAAACAUCAUAAUAAUCCACAAGUAAUCCACACAACUCCAGCUGAUCGAUUAAUGUCUUGUGAAGCAAAAAGAUGCAUGUUUGUACUAAACAAAUUCAUCAAGGCAUUUUUAACUUUGUGCAGAUUAUGAUUGGACUCUUUCUGACGGCACCCAUUCACUGCAUUCCGUUGGUGAGCAAGUGAUGUAAUGCUAAAUUUCUCCAAAUCUGUUUCGACAAACUCAUCCACGUCUUGGAUGGCCUGAGACAGAGUAUAUUUUCAUCAAAUUUAUUUUCUUUAUUUUUAAGUGAACUAUUCCUUUAAUUAAAAAGUCCGGUUUUAAAUAACUAAAAUGUAUUUCAAUUUAUAAAAUAACUUUAGCCCUGAACAAAUAUGACCAGAGUCAGAAUAAAAAAAAAUUGGAACAUAAUUGUUUGAAAGUGUUUAUUGCACUAUCGCUCUUUAGCUGCAGACAGUAAUCAAAUCUGUUUACAAAGCGUUUGUAACAUUGGAGAAGAAUGCAACUUCAGGAUCAAUUACUGCAUUUAUAGUUAAGAUCCAAUCAGCAAAUUGGAUUUAGAUGAUCUGCCUGUUGUGCAUUGUAAAGUCUUGCACAGGAGCUCAAUAUUUGCAAUUGGCUCCGAUAAUAACGUUUAGUAUAAUGCAAAUGUUUUUGCACAUGAUGUAAUGCACCAAAACGUUUAUGCAAAUGAUUCCAGUUUUACCACUGACUCGCAGAGGGUCAUGCAAUAGUAGUGAUUCGUAGAAUGUGUUAAGCACCUAAUGGGUUACAUGUGCGUUGCCACUUUUGUAUCCCUAGUGAAGGAACAAAACAUUGCCUGUUUUAUGUUGUUUAGCUCUUAAUUAGAGAACAUCAUAUGAAAAUGAAGCAUAUUUUGUACCUCCCUUUUUUUACAGUAAUAUUUAGCAAGUUUACAGUGGGCCGUUCUCUUGAGAAUGCAGUUGUGCUGGCGCUAUAUAGAUGCUUGAAUCUGCGUAUAGUGUUUCAGCUGCACUGUAAAGAGCGAGAAUGCUGCCUCUUACUGUUGAGCUCUCUCUCUCUCUCUCUCUCUCUCAUCAUUGUUGAAACUUUGUGUAAUCCCAGAGACCUUUAGUAUUAUAAAAAUAUAUAGAUAUUGUGAUAUGUCUUCUUCUGAAAUAUCGUUUGCAAAGUAAUCCUAGAUAUUCUACUGUUUGUGUUGACAUAUAUACACUGUGCGAGGGUGUGCCUUUUUUACUCUGAAUUAUUUAAUUUUGUAUUUGAAUCAUUUUUUUAAAAAGAGACGUUUGAAAAAUGUUAUUUUCUAAAAAGGGAAAAGUGAAUAGGACAAAUCCUAAGGUGGUUUUGCUGUUCCUGUGUAGAUGUGUAAAUAUGCAAGUGUAUUAUGUGUUUGCAAUAUUAUGACAAUGUUGCAGUCCUAACGGUACAAAAACGUAAAGAUUUUCCUGAAAUUAUUAACCUGAUCAAUUUGCUUUAUUACACUACAUUGUUGUUAUAAUUGAAGUUGUUUUUUGUUAACAUUUUUUGAGGCUCGAUGUGUUUCUGUAUUUUGAUUUCUGUCCUAUCAAUUACUAAUUAGAUAAUAAGCAAUGUCAGUUCUUGUUUUUAGGACGGUUUCCAGUGGAAGAGGCAAGAGGCUUCAUGAACACACACUCCUGACUUUGAAUUUGAUGUCUGUACAGCACACGUGAAUCUCAAAGAAGCCACUUCUAUGAGCUUUUGGGGGAAAAUGACUUCACUUUGUCUCAAAUUGUAUAGAGUUAUGAUCUCAUGUGUUGUAAUUUACAGUGUGAGUUUGAUACUUUAAUGUUUGAGGAAGAGAAAAAAGCGUCAAAGGAAGAUAUUAUCGGUUGUCAGUCUACUUGUCAUAACUGUUAUCUACGUCAUGAAAAUGUGCAGCUCUUGUGUGUAUGUGCUGUAGGCCUAAAAUAUUUAAAAGCACUCUGUCCCAUAAGCAUUGCUCAAUAAAACGAUGCAUUGCUCCGCUUGAUUAA